GUGCAGCAGAUUAAGUCAGCUUUAGUGUUCUACCAGUAAGCAAUCUGCUCAACUGCGGAAAAGAUUGCGCGGAUGUGAUGAUGGUCUCGGCAAGAGGAUAACUGGGGAAGCAGAAUAAGCAAAAUCAACACAAAAAUAAGGUGCACACCCUCGCCCCUUAAGUCAGUAGACAGUGACUGUGAACGAUUAGAAUUGGUAAGAUCUGUGUUCUAAAUUGUCCGAGACCAAGACCGCGAUGACCCCGGGACGACGGUAGCGAACACACAGAACCAGCAUGACGACGAUCAUCGACGGUCACCAGCACGACGAUCAUGCCAAGUUGGUGACGCACCGGAAGUUUUGAGCAAAAAGCGGGGCUCUUCUAUGUGGUUACGGGGAGAUUUCGAGCGUGGAGAAACGGACUUCGGGAACGAGUUCAGCAUGCUGGAGGAGGAGUUGGAGAUCGCGCUGAAGGUGAUCGUGGUGGGGAAUGGCGGGGUUGGGAAGACCUCGAUGGUUCAGAGGUAUUGCAAGGGGAUCUACACGAAGGACUACAAGAAGACGAUCGGGGUGGACUUUCUCGAGCGACAGAUUGAGCUUGAUGGCGAGGACAUCCGGAUCAUGCUGUGGGACACGGCCGGGCAGGAGGAGUUUGACGCGAUCACCAAGGCGUACUACCGGGGAGCGCAGGCCUGCGUGUUGACGUUCAGUACGACGGAUCGGGCUUCGUUCGAGGCGAUCCGCGAUUGGAAGGUCAAGGUGGAGAACGAGUGCUGUGAGAUUCCGACCGUGCUAGUUCAGAACAAGAUCGACCUCAUGGAUAAGGCGGUGGUGUCGUUCGACGAGGCCGAAUCGCUGGCGCAAUCGCUCGGAUGCCGACUGAUACGGACCUCGGUCAAGGAGGAUGUUAACGUGGCCAGCGUGUUCCGGUACCUGGCGACCAAGUGCCACCAGCAGAUGAAGCAGCAGUACAGUGCGGCGAUGCCGAUCUCGCAGCCCACGAUCAGCGCAUUUAGUCCCACUUUCCAGUCGAAAGCCACCAGCAAUACGAUCCAACUAACAAGGCCAUCCGUUAAGCGAAAACCACUGCAGAAGAGACGGCAACAAACAAGCUCAAAUCUCCAGCCCAAAACGUAGUUAGUACAGCCUCUGACGCGCAAAAGAAAGCGAAAAUACUCGGCAAAUUUCCAUGUUACGUUACGUACAUCCACAUCUCUCUCUACCCACACUAUUUUGAUACUAAUUAUCGCAUGUUGCAAGAGGAGUGAAUGACUGAGGAGGUGUAAUUGGAGUGUUUUUUUUAGUACGGUCGUGAUCAUGCAGGGUGAAAGGAAAAUCGGCACGAAAGGAAAAUUGUUUCAGUCAGCUGCAAACGAGAGUAGAGUAAGUCAGACCCAGGGAGCAAAAAAACGUUGUGAAUAAUGCAAAUGAUGAUGAUGUUAAUAAAAAAAACGCGGACGAACAAAAUCCGAUACUUAAAAGAAAACUCUGAAGCUUUGAUACGCUCGCUGUUUGUGUUUUCAUUCUCACGCCGUUGAGCUUCCUUCUUUGGGUUGUUUGUCUUCCAC